UUCUUUUUUUUUUUUUUUUUUUCGAAAGUCUUUGAUUGUACUGUUAAAAUUUUUAUAAACAGAAAUGUGUUAUUUUGAUUGCAAAGUUAGAAAGAAAGUUUUGCCAAGACAAUUAGGGGUUUUAUGAUAAUUUCCACUGAGGGUCAUACAUUAAGUACUAUUCUGUUAAUUAACUAUAUAAGUCCACUAACUUGUUAGACUUAGUGCCCCAACAAAAGAAAAGUGGUCUAUGUCACCUUUUCAUUACAAUUCAAAACUAAAAAGUGUAAAGCUUUGAUUAAUUUAUAAUUAACUGUCAAUUUUCUGUUUAUCUCUAAGAAUUCCCAAUUUUCUGUUUCUCUCUAAGAAAUCCUCUCAAGUAGAUUUAACGUUCCUUUACAUUACAUUAUAGGUAUAUAGGAAGCACAUAUCAUUUGGUCCAUUAAAAUUCUUUGAACUUGAAUGAGAGUAGAGACCCUCAGAAAGAAACAAGAUCCAACAACAAAGUUGCCUAACAACAUGGCUUUCAUGUUCCUCAAGAAGUUCAGCAUCCUCUUUCUUCUGAUUUCAGCAUCAUUUUUCUCAUCCUCUUUCGCAGCAGGUCGAAAAUCGAAGUUUGUCAACAAGUUGGCCAAAGAAGUGGAUGCAAACACAGAGGAAAUGUUAGGGAAGCCAUUGAACCACGAAGAAGUAGCUAGAAUCCAUGAAAGGCUUCUUAGAGCUAACACCAAAGACUAUGGACGAUAUGAUCCAGCACCUGCUCUUGUUAAGCCUCCUUUCAAGCUCAUUCCCAACUGAGAUGAUCGUGAUGGUUUAGCGUUUUAGCCUUCGGCGUUUGCAGUCGGAUUAGUGACUUAAUUAUAUUAAUUAAAUAAAUGAAGUAGCUUCUGUGUACCCACUACUAUAAAAGAAAUCCUAGCUAGUGUAAUUAUGUGAGAUAUAUAUAGACAUAUAUACUAAGUUUUAAAGUGUAAUAUUGUAUUUUAAUUAAGUCAUAUGAAGAAUGAUGUUUAUGCGUGUAGGGCAUUUAGUUUCACCUAUAUAUGUCUGCAUGAACUGAAUAAUGACCAA